AUGCGCUGCAUGAGAAGCAUAGGGAGAGAAAGAAGAAUGGAUGGCAAGAAAAAUAGCAGCAGCGGUGGUGGCGGCGGUAUUAGCUUCUUUCAGAUGCCCCUACACUACCCAAGGUACACCAAGAAGGACUAUGAAGCCAUGCCUGAGUGGAUGCUAGACAGGCUUCUUGCUGAAUAUGGGUUAUCUGCUCAUGGUGACUUGGCCUUCAAGAGGGAGUUUGCAAUGGGUGCCUUCCUCUGGUCAAAUGUUGUCCAGGGUCCUCCUAAAGCUCCAAAGUCCUCUCUUUACCAGAGUUUUGAGUAUUUUCUUCACAAGAAGAAUGUGUAG